AUGGCAGCGGCCGCGACCGCAGAGGGCCCCGGCGCCAGGGCCCUCGACCUCGACGACGACAGCCUCGGAAGCAGGCAAGACUCCUUCGCGUCCCAGGAAGAGCGCCAAGCCGACCGUAGGAGGGUGCACGGCGGCGCCUCGAGCCGCCUCAUUGCCCUGGACAGCCCGAACGCCGUCGUGGACUACAGGGCGAGCGUGGCGGCGCGCGCGGUGCCGGAGAGGGCCGCGAAGGAGCUCCCGGCGGUGGUGAAGUGUCUGCUGUGUCUGGCGGCGCAGGGCAACGAGGCGGGGACGAAGCAGAUCAUCAAGGACAUCGACCGCGCGAACCGAGCGAAGAGAGGCCAGUGGGACGACGGACGCAUGUCCGGGCACACGCCGAAGCCGGUCAGCAGGCGCAUGCUCGCCGGCACGUCGCGCCAGAGCAGGCAGCAGAUGCUCCGGAGCGGGCACUCGCGCGCCUCCGGGCUGGACGCCCGCCCCAUGGUUGGGGUCUCGAGCCGCUCGAUCGCCCUCGGGGGCAACGGCGAGACCACGCCGCUCUCGCGCCGCGCCACCGUGCCAGCGAACGUCAUGGCGAACUUGGCGGCCGAAGCGAGCGACGGUAAGGUGCUGAGCCGACCGGGGUCGCGCCGACGCCUCGCGUCCGGCGCCUCGCGCCCCUCGGACGCCACCAGGACCAUCAACACCAGGGGCGCGAACAUCCCGGAGGGCGACGAGGGCGCCGAGGAGGACCGCCGGCAGACGUCGCGCGGGCGGAGCCUCUCGCGGCGCCGCAUGCACCUCGGCGACGGCGGGCUGGCCGCGGAGGACAGCGCCGUCCUCGGUGCGCCGUCGGUCAAGUCCGGCGCGACGAACCGGUCGGUGCAGUGGUGGAACCGCUCGCGGCAGCGCAUGGAGUUCUCGGACGUGCGCGCCUCGCACGACGACGGCCGCGCCGCGCACGUGCGGGCGGGCGCGUCGCGCACGCGCCUCAACGUCUCGGCGUCGCGCGGGGCCGGCGACGGCCCCGCGGCGCGCGAGCGCGAGCUGACGCGCGUGCAGUCGCACCAGAUCAACGUCGACGAGAUCCGGCUGUCGACGUCGGAGGGCGAGGCCACCAAGGAGGCGCGCCCCGUCGGGCCGUCUGCGGGGUCGCACGCGGGCAGCCGGGUGUCCCGGGGCGCGUCGCUGCGCGACAUGUACGAGCGGCGGUCGCAGUCGCCGCCCGCGCGCCUGCAGCGCGACCUGAGCCGCCACGAGCGCAACGCGGCGCCGCAGCGCGCGUCGUCGCGCGGUGGCAACAGCAAGCGCAUUCCGUCGUUCAAGAACACGCGACUCGGGCGGCAGAUGCGCAACCGGCAGCUGAGCGCGGGCGAGGGCGAGAUGCGCGCCCUGACGCGCAACGGCAGCAGCAGCAAGACCGGCUCGGCGAACCUCGACGCCGAGGACGCGCUGCGCAAGGUUCCGUCGCGGCGCCAGAGCUCGGGCCGGCGCGACCUGACGCGGAAGAGGAGCUCGAGCGGGCGGACCGCGAAGGACCUGGGCGCGCGCGAGGAACAGAACAGCCGCGUCGCGGGGUACUUCGCGCAAGCGGAGGGCGGGCACCGCGGCAGCCUGGAGCGCCGGCGGUCGAGCGGGCGCGUGCGCGACGCGCUCCCGCGCGCGAGCUCGUCGCGGAGGAGCGGGCGCGCGGCGAGCUGGGUGCCCGAGGCGGACGCCGUCGAGAAGCGCGCCUCGCAGGGCGGCAACAAGGACGCAGACUGGCGCGGCGCGUCCCGGGUGUCGUCCGCACGCCGCAGCGGCCGGGCCGCGAGCUGGGUGCCCGAGGCGGACGCUGUCGAGCAGCCCGCGCCGGUCGCGCAGCCGCCGGAGCGCAGCGUUGUCGCGUCGGCGCGGAACAGGCGGUCGCAGGACUGGCGCGCUGCGCCGCGCGCUGCCCCCGACGCGGGCGACGCGGGCCCGAGCGAGGUGCACCGGAUGGCGGCCAUCAAGCAGGCCGUGGAGAACUCGCCGGCGGUGCAGCACAAGACCGCGCCGGGCCGCACGCUCGAGCGCAAGGAGUCGACGUCCAAGCGGCUGGUUGUGUCGCCGCCGCCGCGGGCGGCGUCGCCGGCGGGCCCCGCGACGCCCAAGCCGCAGCCCGAGUCGAAGGCGGAGCCGGAGCCGGAGCCGCGGAGGUCGGUGUUCAGCGCCAGCGCGUCUCUGCGGACGAUGAGCCUGCAGCGCGCGGCCGCGGAGCCGGAGAUCACGUCGGCGAGCCCGCAGCCGCUGGCGCGGACGCUCUCGCGCAAGAAGAGCAGCGCGGCGGGGUCGUCGGCGCACGUCAAGUCCUCGCCCGGAACCCAAGCCGGCAGCGCGGCCGAGUCGCACCGCGAGGCCGCCGCCGACGGCUCAAAGCAGCAGAGCUCGCCGGGGCUCUCGAAGCAGGCGUCGUUCGCGGAGCGCGCGGCGUCCUUCAAGAAGGGCCUGUCGUUCAAGCGCAUGGCGUCCGGCGCGUCCGCGGCCACGGAGGACUCGCAGGUGACGACGGACUCCAAGGCGUCGGGGGAGAAGAAGAAGCGGCGCGGCGGGCGCGCGGAGCACGAGGCGAAGAUGAAGGCGCGGCGCGAGCGGCUCAAGCAGAAGGAGGAGAAGAAGCAGCAGCAGGCGGCGCAGGAGUCGAACGCGGAGUCGAAGUUCAAGGCCAUGUUGGCCGGGAAGAGCAAACAGGGCAUGGCCGGGUCGAUGGAGGCGGUCAUGGCGCGGCGCGAGCUGCGCUCGGAGCGGCUCCUGCGCGUGCAGACGCUGCGCAAGCGCAACAACACCAGCGAGGACCUCGGCGAGGCGGUCUCGGCGGCCGUGUCGUCGCGCGCGCUGCUGUCGAAGCGCAGCGGGCUCGAGAGCCCCGGCGGAGGCCGCUCGCGGUCGCCCGCCGGCAGCCACUACACGGAGAGCGACUCCGGGAGCGACACGGGCUACGAGUCGGUCGCGGAGGACGUCGAAGCUGGCGGGCAGAGGCGGCCGGUGCUGUCGGUGGUUGAGGACGCCGGGAGCGAGGGCGAGCGGCCGUCGACGUUCUCGAGCGUCGCGGGGCGCAUGGCGGAGGAGUCGCGGAACGGCGGCGGGCACGACGACGCCCUGCGGGCGGCCUCGAGCCGCAGAAUGAUGCCAGGACCUUUCAUCAAGGUCGACGGGAAGGGCAGCGCGCUCCAGGCGCGCGGCGACGCGAGCACCCCAAGGAAGUACGGCAACGCCGACGAGGCGCUCGACACCGCGCCCUACGGCAUGGUGCCCAUGAUCCGCCAGCCCGACGCGACGCACUGA